CAAAUGGACAGCAGGGAUCAGCGCACACAGACCUUCUGCGGCACGCCCGAGUACCUUGCACCAGAAAUCCUGGACAAUCUGGGCGGCUACACGCGCCAUGUGGAUCUGUGGGCUCUAGGCGUGGUCGCUUUCGAGUGUUUGACUGGUAUGUGCGGAUGCGGGUCGGUGUUUUGGUACGAAGGGGUGGAGGUGGAGGAUGUGACACAUGUAUCGGUGGACCUGUACGGGGUGUUUGUGAGUACAUGUGGGAAUGUAGAUGAGAGCGAGAGCGGACAUCACGGAUGCAGAGGAGAGGUGUAA